GCUCACUUAGGAUUCUCACUCAGUAUCUAGCCACUACAAAGGUGGAUAUGUUUGCUCCACUCAAAAAUCUUUUUAGGAGAGCCAGUGUGGAUGAGAGAGAGGCCAGAGAGAGGAGGAAGGAUGCUGGCCUUCCAUCUGAGAGUAAUGAAGGACGAAGUAGGUGGACUUGGAGAAUCUGGAGGGCUGACAGACAGACAUCAUCCACUGCACCUGACCUAAUCGAGAAUGAGUUCAAAAAGGAAAAGGAGAGGCUAAUAACAGAGCUGCACCUCAUUACCCAGAAGAGAAAUGAGCAGAGAGCUUGCCUGAUCGCUUUCAAAGAGGGAUCCAUGUACAAGAGGACCAAGCCCUUCCAGAAGAUGAAUCCAUUCUAUGAACAACUGACAUUAAAGAAGAACCAGAUCAUGUCCUCUCUGCACAAGUUACAGAUGGAGAAUAUUGAGGCCCAAAAGAACAUCAAAGAGCUUGAGAAGGAGAUAAACUACUAUACAAACCUACAUAGCCAGCUCAUGAUGGAGAAGAAUCGUAUUAAGAUGUCCAUCACACGGAAGCGGGAGAGCAAGGAAGUACAGAUUGAUUGGGCUCUCAUUGAGAAAUAUUUGGUUGACUCGAACCUGAAUGGUAAAGACAAACAGGAACAGACCAGCAACCAUGAGACCCAACAACUUCAGGACUCACAGACUCCAGCAAGUGCUGAAAUUUCCACAUCCCAGGAAGAGAGUCUCCUUCAGAAUGAGUUUCCACCUCAGGAGCCCCCUGCUGAACUCCAUCCCCAACAUCCACAAUCUACCUUGGAUGAAUCUUAUUACAUUCAGUUCAUUACCUCGGUGUGAAUAUGAGGAAGCCAGUGAGUCAGCUGAUUCAGGGUGUUAUUCCCUUUCCUGUUCUGGCAACACCACUUGAGAGAAGACUGAGGUGACUGCCCUGCCAACAGCAGUCUAAGAGUAGAUACAGGCUGUAGGCCUGUACUACUUAAUAUGCAGUGAAAGGGUGCUGAUG